ACUUUUACUGUCAAAUAUCGAAAAUUGUCAUAACGCGCAAAACAGGUUGUGUUUCUGUCCAAAAAGAAUUUAAUUGCCAAUAUGAGCAAUACUCAGCACUUAACUACUGGUUCGGCAAAGCCCAUUUUUCCGGAUGAUGGGAUCUUAAAGCUGUAUUCGAUGCGCUUUUGCCCCUAUGCACACCGUGUGCACCUGGUCCUGGAUGCCAAAAAGAUUACCUACCACGCUAUCUACAUCAAUCUUCGCGACAAACCCGAGUGGUUCUCCCUGGUGAGCAGCUCCACAAAGGUGCCGGCACUGGAGCUGGUCAACGAACCGGGAAAUCCUGUGCUGAUCGAGUCGCUCAUUAUUUGUGACUACCUGGACGAAAAAUAUCCGGAGGUGCCAUUGUAUCCCAAGGAUCUGCUUAAGAAGGCUCAGGAGAAGAUUUUAAUCGAACGUUUCGGACAGUUUAUCAAUGCUUUCUACCACCUGGUGCAGCACGACAAUCCCGAGCAGUUGGUUGACACCGAUCACUAUGCCGGAUUGGUCGUUUACGAAGAGGAACUGAAGCGACGUGGUACCAAAUUCUUUGGUGGCGACAGCCCAGGCAUGCUUGACUACAUGAUGUGGCCCUGGUGCGAGCGCUUUGACUCUCUGAAAUACACUUUUGAACAAAAAUUCGAAUUGAGUCCGAAACGUUUUCCCACUUUGAUUAAGUGGCGCGACUUGAUGAUCCAGGAUCGUGCUGUGAAGUGUUUCUAUCUGGAUGGAGAGACCCAUGCCAAAUACAUCAACUCUCGGCGAUCGGGCCAGGCCGAUUAUAAUAUGCUAUACAAUGAGGCCAAACGUGUCAAAUUGGGGUAGUCUACGGUAUGAUGGCGUUUGUACUUCAGCAUUGUACCUUUUGCAUUUAGAAUAACACAUGUACAUACUACGGCAGCAUUAUUGUGAUUGAAAAAUAAAUCUUUGCAUUUUCACUUUUAAAAUA